AUAGAGGGUUGUUUGUGGUUUUGUUAGACAUGCAGUAACUUGCUGACCGCUAAGAGUCGAGUAUCCUCUGAGAGAAAGUGAAGACGAAGAGGAGUUUGAAAUGGAGGAAGCCCACAACCAAACCACCUUAGACCAUGCUUUCAGAUAUGGGGUCCUGUCAGCGGUCAGUUGGAUCACACUAGUUGUUGCCUUGCCGAUCACAUUAGUGGCCAUUUAUGGACUCUAUUUCUUCAUCAAGGCUGACCAUGUUGCUCCGGUGUAUGCCAUAAACCUUCUUGUCUCUGAUGUGGUUCAGAUAUGCGGAAACGCCCUUAGCACAGUGUGGUUAAAGGAUGGUGGCAAGCUUAGUGAUGCAUUCUAUAACUUUUAUUUAUUCGGCCUGAUGGCAAGUGUUUGGUUUAUGGUGUGCAUUGCUGCCGAGAGAUACAUCAUGAUCGCCUACCCAGUGUUCUUCCGAAAUAUUCAAACAGUCAAGAGAGCUUUCCUUGUGUCAUUCACCGUGUGGAUGGCGACUGGCAUUACAAUGGUGAUUAUUAUGGUUGAUGACACGGCUGACACCUACCGAGCUCUGACUUUUCUGCUCCCCUUUCCCUUGUUGACGGGGCUUUUCCUGGGCUCAUGGAGGGUCCUCUCCAAGUCCCACUCUGUGUCCCCCCGAAAGCGGAAGCAGGUUCUGGGCACCCUGGCCCUCGUGCUCUGCAUCUACAUGCUCUUUUUCCUGCCUUACGUUGUGAUUGAUUUCAUUCUGCUCAAAAGGAAAAGAACGUCUACCGUGCGCUACCUCCACCUCUUCUCUGAGGUUAUCAUAGCCCUGAAUCCCGUGCUGGACCCCGUCCUGUACGUCUUCAUGAGGAAGGACGCUAAGAACAUCCUCCGGGCUUUCCCCUGUUUCCGCCAGGUCCGAAAAUGCAGAGAGCAAUCAGACACGCCCUAUACCAACGACACAGCUGUCAUGGAUGCAGCAGAAACCCCAGUCUGAGUGGGGAACCACUGAGAGUCAAUGAUGCCUUCCAGAACUCCUCUGAUAGUAUGUGGCAGAACACUCCUCAUAUUUAAGCAUCCAGCUAUAUGAUGUGUGUGUGUGUGUGUGUGUGUGUGUGUGUGUGUGUGUGUGUGUGUGUGUGUGUGUGUGUGUGUGUGUGUGUGUGUGUGUGUGUGUGUGUGUGUGUGUUUCACAGCCUGUAAGUAAUGGGACCAUAUGGAAAAAAAUGUAACUUAUUUUACAGGCCCCUUUUAGACAUCUAUUAACAUUAUGGUGACAAAUUUCCAGUAUAAAGUUGAGGCUAUGGAACCAGAUGCUAGUAAAAUUAGGGUGUUGAUAUCUGACCUGGCAGAAAUUAUGUAUUUUCUCUUCUGUAAAAUUGAAUGGAUCCGGUUUUGAUCCUGAAACUCUGAGAUCCAAACACAUGAGACAUACAGUAAUCUCUCCCUUAGCGCUAUGCCCUUUGCCCCUGAACUCUGUUUUAUUUGCUUCUGUUUUCUUAAUGCUGCAGCCAAACACAAGUUAGUCAAUCCCUUUCAUAAUUUGUCCUGCAUGUUUAACAGUUCCCCAACCUCAUGAAUAACAGUUUAUUCAGACUGACGACUGGUUCAGUCAUUUUAUGGGAUUCAAUGAGUAUUGCUUUGUACAACAUAUAUGUUAUAUGCAAAAAAAAAAUUUAAGAUGACGUUCUGCGUAGUAUCAACAUGUAAAUCUAAUCACAGUGAAAAGCAUGAAAACAAUAUUGCUGCAUUUGAGUAAGAAAUAUUGAAAAUAGUGAUGCUACAUUUGAAUGUUACUCUUCGGUUGUGUAACUUAUAUACGAGAAUGUUUAAGAGUCUUUUGCUGUCUGUCACAAUACUAACUAAGGCAUUCAACUACUUGUAUAAUUAUUGUAUAACAGAAUGAUAUCAGUUUGCACAACAACAAUUGUUUUUUAUAGUCAUGCCC